AUGAUUUGUGGAGAGAAUGGGACGCCCACAUCAAAUAGGGCUAAGAAACAAGUGGUCAGAGCAGUGAAGUCAGGAUACUACCACAAGCAGGUUAUGGAAGUUACAACCGCGGCAGAAGAGCCGAUGAUCACCUUUGGGGCAGAGGAUCUACGUACACUAAUGUACCCGCACGAUGAUGCACUGGUUAUUAUGGCGGAUAUUGCCGGCUGUAUCGUUCACCGUGUUUUCGUAGACUCAGGCAGCGCGGUGAAUAUCUUAUAUUGGGAGUGCCUUCAAAACAUGGGAAUCGACGUUCAUAUUGAGCCAACGAAUGCCCCUUUGUUUGGGUUCGGAGGAGAAAUGGUCAUGCCUCUGGGUUAUGUGGAGUUACCGUUAAAUCUCGGUACUACAGCUGCUAAUAGCAAAACUAGGAUGGUGCGGUUCUUGGUGGUCGACAUGCCAAAGCCCUCCUACAAUGUGAUACUUGGCCGGCCUGCAUUGAUGGCGUUUAGGGCGAAAAGGGAAAGAGUGACAGAGGGAUUGGAUACACGGAAGAAGGGGAAGGUGGGCGAAGUGAAUGCCUCGGCAGAGGAGCGCCAGGAAUUGGCAGACGUAUUGAAAGACAGGGACAGUACAGAAAAAACCGCGCUGGUGUCUACUAGUGAUGUUUGCAACAUGAUCGAAUUGUUCCCAGGGAAAGAGGGUUUUCAGACCAAAAUUGGGUCUUCCAUGAGUGAUCAAGUCAGAGACGAGCUCAUUAUUUGCUUGCGCAGAAAUGCGGAUGUGUUCGCAUUCAGCACCGCUGAUUUAAAGGGAAUUGACAGAGGGUUGGCAGAGCACUGCCUCAAUGUGGAUCCUAAAAUAAAGCCAGUAAAGCAACGAACAAGGAAUUUUGGGGCCGAGAAGGACGCUGCAAUAAGGGAACAGGUCUAUGGGUUGUUGGAAGCAGGGCACAUUGUGGAAGGAUACCAUCAGGUUAAAAUGAACAGAGGAGACAUUGCCAAAACGGCCUUUGCCGUCUGUUACGGGGUUUACGGCUGGAGGAGUAUGCCAUUUGGCUUAAAAAAUGCGGGAGCUACGUAUCAGCGGAUGAUGGAAAAAGUCUUCAAGGAACAGCUCUCCAAGAAUAUCUCUGUGUAUGUGGAUGACAUGUUUGUGCGGAGUAUAAGGGCAGAGGACCAUGUCUCUGAUCUCGAGGAGAUCUUCACUGUGGUUAGAAAACAUCGGCUCAUGCUGAAUCCAGCAAAAUGUACUUUUGGGGUCACAACAGGCAAAUUCUUGGGCUACAAGGUUACCCCUGCAGGGAUCGAGGUUAACGCAGAGAAGGUCAAGGCCAUCAUGGAAAUGACACCACCCAGAGGGAUCAAGGAAGUGCAGACUCUAAAUGGGCGCACCACUGCUCUGAGCAGGAAGGGCACUAAAUUUCUAUGGACAGAGGAAUGCCGAGCGGCAUUUGAAGAUCUCAAGGUAUAUCUAGCAAAACUCCCGACUCUGACCAAGCCGGUCCCGGGAGAAACGUUGUAUCUGUACAUAGCAGUGGGGGAAGAUGCAAUCAGCUCUGUGCUUAUCAGAGAGGAGGGAAGUCACCAGAAACCUAUCUACUUCGUCAGCCGAAUCAUCCAGGGUCUUGAAUUGAAUUACACAGAGAUAGAGAAGGUUGCUCUGGCGGUCAUGGUCACGGCGAGAAAGUUGAGGCCGUAUUUUCUGUCACAUCGGGUAGUGGUGCGCACUGCCUUACCUUUUAAACAAGUGCUGGGGCGCCCGAAUUUGUCGGGCAGAAUGGUGAAGUGGGCUGUGGAGUUGGGGGAGUAUGAUGUGGAGUAUGAGCCAAGAACAGCGAUCAAAGCACAAGCAUUGGCAGAUUUCAUCCAAGAAACAACUCGCCGUCCCAUACCGGAAUUUUGGGUUGCCUUUGUGGAUGGAUCAGUGACAAAAGAGGGAUGCGGAAUUGGGGUAUACAUCACAUCACCGGGGUAUGGUAUAUAUCAGUUUGCAAUCAAAUUCACUUGCCGACUGUCCAACAAUGAAGCGGAGUAUGAAGUUGUGGUCAGAGGGGCGCACAUUUUAUCAGAAUUCAAGGCCGAAUGUGUCAUCAUCAAGACAGACUCCCAGUUAGUGGCCCAACAAUAUUCAGGGGGUUAUAGUGUCAAAGAAGAACGCAUGAGGGCGUACCACCGCAAGCUCAGCGAGAUGAAGGACAAGUUUAUGGAAUUCAAAAUCGAGCAGAUUUCUCGAGAGGAUAAUACGAAAGCAGACCUACUGGCGCGAAUGGCUAGUGCAGUGGAACAAACCUGGAGUGCUGAAAUUAUUUUACUCUGUGAUACCAGAGAGAUGGGGACUUCACAGGUCUUCUCCGUAGAGAUCAGAGACGACUGGCGGGCUCCUAUUUUACACUUUCUCAAGACAGGGGAGUGGUUGAACAAGGAAUCUAAUCAGAGGGCCCGAUACGAAAAUUAUUGCUUGCUUAAUGACCAACUAUACAAACGAUCCUUUACCCAGCCUUUACUAAAAUUCUUAUCUCCAGAGGAAGCUAACUUUGCUUUAAACGAAGUUCAUGCAGGUUGUUGUGGUGGUCACACGGGAUUCCGGGACCUUGUACGCAAAAUCAUUCGGGCAGGGUUCUACUGGCCUAAUAUCAACAAAGAUGCCAGAGAUCGGGAAGCUGCCCACGGCACCGGGGGCAAAUGUUUUCUGCUCGUAGCAGUGGAUUACUUUUCUAAGUGGGUAGAGGCUGAAGCUGUGGGGAAAAUCGAUGAGGUGACUGUGGAGCGCUUCAUUUGGCGGAAUAUAUGCUGCAGAUUUGGCGUGCCCAGGAUCAUCGUCUCUGACAACGGAACCCAGUUCACUGGGCAGAGGAUCGCGGAUUUCUGUGAUCGGAUGGACAUCACUCAAAGAUUCGUCUCGGUAGCUCAUCCGCAAGCGAAUGGCCAAGUGGAGUUGGCCAACAGGACAAUAUGCGAAGGGAUUAAGAAGAGGCUGACUCAGAGCAAAGGCAAAUGGGUGGAGGAGCUGGAUACUGUACUUUGGGCCUACCGCACUAGCCCAAAGACAGCCACGGGUGAAGCACCAUUUACCCUGGUGUAUGGAUCUAAUGCGGUAAUACCAGCGGAGGCAAGAUUGGAAUCAUAUCGGAUAACAACCUACGACACUGAGCACAAUGCUGAACUUCGUCGAGCAGAGCUAGAUUUGGUGGAAGCACAGAGGGAUGAAGCCCGGGUCAGAGCAGCAAAAUACAAAGGCAUUAUCAAGGCAGGGUAUGACAAGCGGGUCAGAGCGCGGAAAUUGUCAAAGGGGGAUCUGGUUCUCAAGCGGGCUGAUGCAUUGAAGGCAGUGGGCAAGUUCGAAGCUAAUUGGGAAGGCCCGUUUAUCAUCACAGAGGUCAUAGGGGGUGGAGCUUAUACAUUGUCGAUCCAGACGGCAGAGCUCUUCCUAGACCAUGGAAUAUUAACAAUCUCAAAAAGUUCUAUGUAUAACUGCUACUUAGCAGGACUAUUGCCAAUGUAG